CCACCGCCGUUAUCCCCAUCCUUGCUGCCUGGAUGCGGCGUUAAACCGGAGACCCCCACCCAGCGCUGCAGGUCCUUGGCACAAGCUGAUGCUUCAGGAUGGACCCGCUCUUCCCUGCCCACAUUUUGGAAGACCCUGACCUGAGAAAGCUGCUGAAUGACUCCUCUAUGCUGAACCUCAGCUUUCUGCCCAGUAACUGGUUCAACAACGGCACGGGGGACAGCUUCCUGCCCCUGAGCAUCAAGAUCACCAUUGUGGUUGUCUACUCCAUUGUGUGCAUCGUGGGGCUGGUGGGCAACUGCUCCGUCAUGUAUGUGAUCAUCAGAUUCACCAAGAUGAAGACAGCAACCAACAUUUACAUCUUUAACCUUGCUCUGGCAGAUACCUUGUGUCUGAUGACCUUACCCUUCCAGGGUACGGACACCUUCCUGGGCUUCUGGCCCUUUGGCAAUGUCCUCUGCAAGAUUGCCAUCUCUAUAGACUACUACAACAUGUUCACAAGCACCUUCACGCUGACGAUGAUGAGCGUGGACCGCUACAUUGCUAUCUGCCACCCUAUCAAAGCACUGGACAUCCGCACUCCCCACAAGGCCAAAGUGGUCAAUGUCUGCAUCUGGGCACUGGCUUCCGUCUUUGGCAUCCCAGCCAUGGUGAUGGGAUCUGCAGAGAAUGAAAACAAUGAAAUAGAUUGUCUGAUUAAGCUCCCUUCACCUGUGGAUUACUGGGAUCCAGUGUUUGGCAUCUGUGUCUUUCUCUUCUCCUUUAUGAUCCCUGUGUUGAUCAUCACCAUUUGCUACAGUCUCAUGAUCAGACGACUCAAGAACGUCCGUGUCCUCUCAGGCUCCAAGGAGAAGGACCGCAACCUGAGGCGCAUCACCCGCAUGGUCCUGGUGGUGGUGGCGGUCUUCAUCGUCUGCUGGACUCCCAUCCAGAUCUUCGUGCUGGUCCAAUGCUUGGGUGCCAAAGCAGAAAGCGAGCUUGAGCUGGCCAUCUCCUGCUUCUGCACUGCACUCGGGUAUGCCAACAGCAGCCUGAACCCCGUGCUCUAUGCCUUUCUAGAUGAGAACUUCAAGGCGUGCUUCAAGAAGUUCUGCUUCCCCACCGCCUUCAGGACGGAGCUCCAGAUGUCCAACAGGAUGUGCAGCAUCGCCAAGGAUGUGGCUUACGCCUGCAAGAACUCGGAGGGGACUAACAAUCCGGCCUGACUAGGCAUGGAAAUUCCCAUGGUGGCUGUCGCCCAGCAGAGUCCAACCACCCCCACGUCAGAGCUGACUCAGAUAACGGCUCUUUAGCAGGACCUCCAAAACUGAGAGGAAACGAUGCUGGGGGUUGGGAAAACCGGAAUCUGCAGGAGCAGGUGGAAAAAAGCCCAAUUGAUGCAUUUUUAAUUCCUGUGCUCCCUGCGCUGAGGAACGUGUUUGAAAUCAGCCCUUUGAUUGCUGCGAAACCCCGGUGGUUUCGCAGCAUCGUUGAGAAUUUGGGAAUGAAGUGUUUAAACCAGGCAUUGCUCCUGGGACUUACACUUUAGCUGCUGGGAGACAGGCAAAAUACAGACUAUUCCAUUUCUCUCUUCGUCCCUGAGCUAAGAUGCAAACAGCUCAUGUGGCUCACCAGGCACUUCAUUCUUGUAGCGUUGCUCCGAAAUUAGACUUUGCUGAAGCCAGAGUGGGCAGCAGCCAUCAGACAAAACCCAGGAUCAGCUCCAGGAUGAGUCAUCGCGAAAGGAAGGAUGCAGGGAGGGAGAGGAGGGAGCUGAGGGAAUGGGAAUUCAAACUGCCUUGUGGCUGAGAGCCUGGGGAGGACAACGCCAGCUCCUGCAGAUGGGGUCUGCAGUAGAACCCACUGCCUCCAGUGCAUUGGUGGUGAGAAGGGGCUGUCAAAACUGGUGAGUGUGGAUCAGAAGAGGAGGAAGACAAGACACAAAGUGAACACAAAUCCUUAUUUACAUGCUGCUAUCACUUUUUAACCCUGUAUUUCCAUUGUAAUAAUGGACAGAAUGUGUCUGUAUAUACGCAUCUCUAGUGCCGUAGGUACGGCUGUAUUGUAGGAUUUCAUCUUGCCAAGCAUGCCUUGGGGUCCUUCCUCAGGGAGAGGAGGAAGGAACAAAGUGGCCUAUAUAUACAUGUAUUUAUGUACAGGGGAUGACUAUUUAGGAGAAGUCUGAAGGGCAACUCCUGCAGAAGAUAUGGACAUUUCUGGUCAGAGGGGCAGCCUAAACCCAUCCCAUGUGCUCCACACGAGAUAAGUGGUGCCCAAACUAUCCAAAAGGUGGGGGUUUAUUGGUUCUUACUUAUUUGAUAGAAUGAGAUCCAUGAUGCUGAGAGGACGUGGGAAAUGCUGCUGAGGCACCACCCUCCUGCCAACCACAGAUUGAUUUUUCCUCUCCCAGUUGGCCAGAGCUUCAUGGAAAAUGAAAUGCUCCAUCAUUUCACUUGAUAAUGGAAGCAUUCCCACUGGGUGCCCUCUGUGCUGGUGGGGAUAGCAGACCUGUGUUCUCCCUGUAGCGCAUCGCCCCAGGGCAACCUGGCCAGUGAUGCUGAUGGGGAAGCAAAGCAAUGAU